AUGACAAAGGCAGGUAAAAAGAGUGGCGACAAUGUGGUGACCUCUGUGCCCAGAACUGAGGAUGGUUUGGUGGAUCUCGAGCGGUCAAAGACACUGAACAAUCAGGCAUUUUCAGGCCUUUCUCAGAAAAUUCAGGCACAAUUUACUAAGCUGAAAGCCGAUAACCCAAAUGUGAAUGCCAAGCAGGCAAAGGACCAUAAAAAAAAUGCUAGGAGAAAGGCAGCUCCGCAAACAACACUGGAGAGCAACACUAUCAAAUCUCAAAACCGUGGGCAGAAGCGCGAUAGUCGAGGUAAGGUGAAAGAGGCAGGCAAAUCAAAGUCCUCUCUAAACACAGCUGAGGCAAGCUCGGCAACCAAAGAUAUCCUUAAGGAAGAGGUGUACAGCCUUGGGGGAACUGCUGAAGAUCUUGCCUUAGUAGCAGGUCUCGAUUCUGACUCUGAACUGGAUCAUGAUCGUGGACAAGACAAGUCCUCUCAAGAAACGAAAUUUGAGAAGGGACUGAAGAAGGGUAUUGCAGAAAUAUUGAAGCAAAUAGACGAGAGUGGCCGGCCCACGACCGUUGAAUCAGAUGAAGGAGUAGAGGAUGUCACCGAAGAUGGUGACGCCCAGGACGAAGAGAAACAAGGGCAGCGUCACGGAUCCUUUCACGCAGCAGAAUCACCAGGUAGUGCAACGGCUUCUACAUCUCGCUUGGGUAGAUCCAACCUACUCAUAGAACCCCGCCCUGACUGGUUCAACACUCAGUUACCACCAAUCAACGACAGCGAAGUUCCGAAGGUCAAGAUUCCGGCAAGCCUGAUACAGCAAGUGCACGACCACGCAAAGUCACUUCUAGAUGCAGAAAACGAAAGCUUCAAUGCGACCCAGCAAUCUUCGUCGUCGCAGAAGUUUUACUCAACUGUCAUCACGUCUGGCACUCUUUCGGACAAGAUUUCGGCCUUGACCCUAGCUGUUCAAGAAUCACCCCUUCACAAUAUCAGAGCUCUUACCACUCUAAUCAACCUGGGCAAGAAACGCAGCCGCGCCCAGGCGGUCGAUGUUCUGAGAGCUCUCAAGGACUUAUUUGCUCAAGGGUCUUUGCUACCUAGCGAUCGAAAACUGCAUGCAUUCCUUGGGCACCCCAAUCUGCUGGGUGCACUUGCCAAUUCGAAGGGCUGGAAAGUUGGUGAAACUCUGCCAGGGUUCUUGCAACCACAACAUCUAGUUCUCUGGGCUUAUGAGAGCUGGCUCAAAGAGAAGUAUUUCGAAGUGCUUCAGACUCUUGAAAUCUGGUGCAAUGACGAGAUCGAGUUUUCCAAGUCUAAAGCCGUCAACUUUGUUUACGAGCUCUUAAGGGAGAAACCCGAGCAAGAGUCUAAUCUGCUUCGGCUGCUAACAAACAAGCUUGGAGAUCCGUCGAAGAAGAUUGCAUCCCAAACAUCCUAUUUAUUGAUGCAAUUGAUGGCGGCCCAUCCGCUUAUGAAAAUGACUAUCAUCUCUAGCAUUGACUCAGACCUUCUGUUUCGGCCGGGUCAAAGCCUUCACGCUAAAUACUAUGCGGCAAUCACCUUGAAUCAAACACCUCUGAGCAGCAAGGAGGAGGAAGUGGCGUCAAAGCUGCUCUCAACCUAUUUCAGUGUCUUUGUUGGACUGCUCAAACCUGCUGACCCAGACAGGCGUGUUCAGAACGAUGAAUCUAAGGCCAGAACUGCAAGCAAUGAGAAAAGGAAGUCGACGAGGAAGCACUCUCACGAUACUGAAUAUGCUCAAGCCGAUGAACUGCGUGAAAAGCUUACCUCUGCUAUCUUGACAGGCAUCAAUCGUGCAUAUCCCUACACAGACUCGACUAGUGAUAGUCUAUCCAUGCACUUAGAAACCCUCUUUAGAAUCACACACUCCUCCAACUUCAACACAAGCAUCCAAGCAAUGAUGCUCAUUCAACAACUUUGUUCUUCCCAUCAAGCUUCAGCAGAUCGCUUUUACCGGACAUUGUAUGAGUCUUUGUUAGAUGUACGCCUUAUCACCUCGUCCAAGCAAUCCCUCUACUUGAAUCUACUCUACAAAGCCUUGAAAGCCGACACAAAUGUGAAAAGGAUCAAGGCAUUCACAAAGCGCAUUAUCCAGGUGCUUGCUCUUCAUCAACCCUCCUUCAUAUGUGGUUGUUUCUUCUUGCUACAGGAAUUGAGGCAGACGUUCCCAGGGUUGAGCGCAUUGAUCGACCAACCUGAAGAGCAUGAUCUGGACGAGGAGGCUUACAAAGAUGUUACAGAACCGCAAGACAAAGGUCCGAUGCCGCCCGAGUCACGGAAUUUUCCCGGAAAGGGCAAGGCCUAUGACGGCAGGAAACGCGACCCAGAACAUAGCAGUGCUGAGAGCAGCUGUCUGUGGGAAGUGAUUCCGUUUCUGGCGCAUUUCCAUCCUUCUGUCUCGGUGAAUGCAGAGCACAUCAUACGCCAUGCCAAACUCCCUGGAAAGCCAAAUCUCGAGCUUCACACCCUCAUUCAUUUCUUGGAUCGAUUUGCGUAUCGAAACGCAAAGAUUGGAUCAUCCAACUUGCGCGGGUCGUCAAUUAUGCAGCCCCUUGCAGGUGGCGAUACUGCUAGCCUGUUGGUUCGCUCUGCUUCUCAUGACCAGCUGCCGGUGAACUCAGAGAAGUUUUGGAACCGGAAUAGCAUGGAUGUGCCGGCCGAAGACGCCUUCUUCCACCAGUACUUCAGCAGCCUUGGCAAGACCAAUCCAAAUCGAAAGAUAAGCAAGAAAAUUAGACAGAGUGCCGAGAACGAUGAUGCCAGUGAUACCGAGGAGUCAGAAAUAUGGAAAGCUAUGAUGGAGUCCGCUCCGGACUUGGAAGGAGCCGAUGAAAGUGAUCAAGGUCUCGAAAUGGAUGAUCUCGAGUCGGACUUUGACAGGAGCUCAGAGGAGGCUGCAGAAGAUGAAGAAGAUGAUGAAGAUGAUGAAGAAAUGGAAGAGCAAGAAGUGUCUUCAUCAUCUGACGAAGUCUCGGUUUCCUCUGAUGCUGAGAUAUCAUCAGAGUACGGGAUGGCAGCUCCGGCCGCUGACCAUGACAGCCUCACUGCAGUCCGUUUCGCAGGAAAGAUCAGGGGGCCAAGUGCCCAGCGACGGAAGCUAAAGCAUUUGCCGACCUUUGCCUCCGUUGAUGACUAUGCUGAGAUGAUUGACGAUGAAGGAGGGGAAGACCUUGGAUGA